AUGGCUGGAUGGUUCAGCUGGAUUAGUGGGAGGCGCGACAACAAAAAUUCCGCUCGGGAUGCCAUUAUUGGCCUUCGCGAGCAGCUGCAUUUGAUGGCAAAAAAGGAGGAGCACCUUCUGACGAAAAUCGAUGACGAGUUGCGCAAGGCCAAGGAACAUGUGACAAAUAACAAGCGUGCUGCUCAAGCCGCACUUCGACAGAAGAAAAUGUACGAGACAGAGCUUGAUCGGCUUGCUGGCAGCCGCAUGACGCUGGAAACGCAAGUCAAUGCUAUUGAGAAUGCGAAUAUGAAUCUAGAGACCAUGCGGGCGAUGCAGCGAGGCUCAGCGGCAUUGAAGAGCAUUCAUGCCAACAUGGAUAUCGACAGGGUCGACAACACGAUGGACUCCAUUCGUGAGGAAAUGGCACUUUCGAACGAAAUUUCUGAGGCGAUCUCGAACCCAGUGGGUAUGGGUCACGAACUCGAUGAGGAAGAACUGCGGAACGAACUUCAGGAGCUCGAGCAAGACGAACUCCAACAUCAGCUUGUGGGCGCUGAAUCUGCGCCAGCACAUCACCUCGCUACAUCCUCGGCCGCACCCCGGACGUCGAAUCACGCAGAUACGCUCGACGAAGAUGCAGAGCUGCGCGCGCUCCAAGCCGAGUUGGCCAUGUGA